UUAUUAAAGACAAAAGAGAGGAAAAAAAGCAAAUCUUUGUCUCUGGGUGUGAGGAGACAGGUGUAGGGUGGAGAUCAAAUCUGUGGUAGGGUGUGUCUCCCCACAUAUCUUUUUGCCGGCUUCUUCAACGGCUUUUUCGCUUCAACCCCUCCCCAUCCUUCGACGUCGUUUUGUCCCCACCCUCUCUCCUUUUUCCUCUCUCUCUCUCUCUCUCUCUCUCUCUCUCUUGUCUCUGCUCUUCCGUCUCUCGUCUACAGUGCCCUCCGCUUACACCUGCUUUUUCGCUGUCCUAUGAAUUUGACAUUGGUCUGAAAUUCUCCUUUGCCGUCUUCAAUCGCCACUUGCCGCUCCAACCCUGGUCUAAUCGCUCCUCUCUCUGAAACACAUCUCACUGUCUUCUUCUUACCACAAUAGCAAUAGCUGAAAUGAAUGGAGAUAGACCAGAUUCUCAUUACACUGAGACGGGAUUCCCGUAUGCUGCUUCUGCUAGUUACAUGGACUUUUAUGGUGGUGCGGGUCAGGAGCCCCUAAGCUAUGCUCAUGCCGGAACAAUGCAUCAUCCUCAGGACAGCCUGUACUGGACCAUGAACGCAAAUGCAUACAAGUUUGGAUUUUCAGGAUCAGAUAAUGCUUCUUUCUAUGGUUCUUAUGACCUGAACGAUCAUUUAUCCAGGAUGUCAAUCGGGAGAACCAAUUGGGAGUACCUUCCCAUGGUAAACGUUGAUGAGUCUGUUCCACGGUCUGUCCAAAUCGUGGACACCGAUGAUCACUCUGACGCUGAAGAAUGCAUUGCGAUUGAACAUGAUCCCGAGAGUCCUCAGGUAUCCUGGCAAGACGACAUUGAUCCCGAUACAAUGACCUAUGAGGAAUUAAUAGAGCUCGGGGAAGUGGUAGGAUCAGAAAGCCGAGGGCUAUCUCAGGAACUCAUAGAAACGCUUCCCACUAGAAAAUAUAAGUUCGGGAGCUUCUUCUCCAGGAAAAGAGCAGGGGAAAGGUGUGUGAUAUGCCAGCUCAAGUACAAGAUUGGGGAGAAGCAGAUGAAUCUUCCAUGCAAGCACGUGUAUCAUUCCGACUGCAUUUCUAAGUGGCUAAGCAUCAACAAGAUUUGCCCGGUCUGUAACAGCGAGGUCUUUGGGGAUCCCAGCAUCCAUUGAUUGUCUCCAUUAAGUAAUUGUGUUAGUGUAGUGAAAACUCAGAAGAAGAAGAAAAUUAGCCUAAAAGAAGAAGAUGUCCACACUAUACUACUCUCUCAUGUUCAGUCCUCUGUACAUGUAAUUUUUCAUUUUCGUUUCUGUGUUUUAACACUCGUAUUGUAUACUAAAUGCUAGCAACAACAAUAUAAUCUAAAUCCAUAUACGGUGAUGGUCCCAAUCCUUAAGGUUCUAGUUCA